AUGAUCCACCAAUCACAUGCCUAUCACAUAGUAAAACCCAGCCCAUGACCCCUAACAGGGGCCCUCUCAGCCCUCCUAAUAACCUCAGGCUUAGCCAUAUGAUUCCACUUCCACUCUACAACCCUACUCAUACUAGGCCUACUAACCAACAUACUAACUAUAUACCAAUGAUGACGCGAUGUAAUGCGAGAAAGCACGUACCAAGGCCACCAUACACUACCCGUCCAAAAAGGCUUACGAUAUGGAAUGAUCCUAUUUAUUACCUCAGAAGUCUUUUUCUUCGCAGGAUUCUUCUGAGCUUUCUACCACUCCAGCCUAGCCCCUACCCCUCAACUAGGAGCACACUGACCCCCAACAGGCAUCACCCCACUAAACCCCCUAGAAGUUCCACUUUUAAAUACAUCUGUACUGCUCGCAUCAGGUGUCUCAAUUACCUGAGCCCACCAUAGCCUAAUAGAAAAUAACCGUAACCAAAUAAUUCAAGCACUACUUAUCACAAUUUUACUGGGCCUCUACUUCACCCUCCUACAAGCCUCAGAGUACUUUGAAGCCCCCUUUACCAUUUCCGAUGGUAUCUAUGGCUCAACAUUUUUUGUAGCCACAGGCUUUCACGGGCUCCACGUCAUCAUUGGGUCAACUUUCCUCACUAUCUGUCUUAUUCGCCAACUAAUAUUUCACUUUACAUCCAAACACCACUUCGGCUUCGAAGCCGCCGCUUGGUAUUGGCACUUCGUAGAUGUAGUCUGACUAUUCCUAUACGUCUCCAUCUACUGAUGAGGGUCCU